AUGCGAUCCUUGUGCUGGGUGUUUCUACUGGUGGCAGCGCCACUGGUACUGGCAGACGAAAAGCUAAAGAAACCAUCACUGAUAGCAGCACCGUCGGUAGCAUCUGCAUCAAAGAUCGCCGACAGUGUGGCUAGCCCUAGCGUUACCGAGUACAAAAAAACUCUUAUCCGCAAGCCGAAGCGAUCGAACGGUGAAAUACCGCUGCUGAUCAUUCGUCCCGUAGAAAAGCGACGCAAGAUCUACUUCAAGGAGCCGACGGUUAAAAUCGCUUCCGGUGGAGUUGCAACGUAUGGAACCUAUCCUGAGCUCCAUACGAGUGACGGCGAGAUGUUUACGCUCGAACACAUGCUGCCCAUCCUGAGCCUGGAAGGAAUGCUGAAGGGUUUCUCCAAGCAUGGUCCGAACCACUUCGUACCCUCGCCACAGUUCAAGCCGUCCGACAUCCAUCAUCUGGUGGCACCGCAGAAGACGAAGGAAGAGUACCAUCAUCAGCUGGCCCCGCUGAAACCGAGCCAGCUUCUAUCCAUCUCGCACAAACCUGCAGAGGCCGUACCGGCGCAGACGCUACCAUCGCCACCACCACCAAACUACGUACCGGCCGUAAAUUCUGAAGAUCAACUACUGAAACUUGGUCAACCACAGCCUUCCUUUUCGCCCCUGGUACAGGAAAAACCGGCGUUCGUCAAGCCAGAGCAGCUGCCCCCGAGUUUCAACUUCAAGGUCCAGGAAGAGGUCAACGGUCACUACAAGGUAAAUGCGAUCCCGCUGUCGAAGCCAUCCGAGGUCCAUCAUCCGGCACCGCAUCAUCACUACCCAUCGUCGCCCUCGUCCCCAUCCGGUGGCGCUACCAGUUACGUCGGCAGCCAAGGGAAGCCCCAAACGCAACCGCUUUACAUCCAUGCAGCUCCAGUUCCAUCCGGCGAUCACUCGUCUAACAAGUGGCAGGAGAUCCCCAAGAAGCCUCAAGUAUCUGUGUCAACAAACUACUACCAUCCAAAAACGAUCGUUGCCGAGCAGGAGCUAUCGCAGCACACGAAGUCCAGCUACGCUCAGGCCCAGCAAGCCGUUCCUCCACAGCAACCGACCGUACAGACGCAUCUGAGCUAUUACUUCCCGAAGGAAGAGUCCGUACCGCAAACGCCGGUUCACCAUCAGCACAACCAUCAGUCGCAGGCAACGUCAUACAGCAAUGUUCAGGCCAGUGGAAGUGGACCGUCCAGUGAGCAUCACGCUGACACACCGUCCGAGAAGCCCAUCCACAAGACAUACAGCUCGCACAUUAAGCAGAAGUACCAGAAGCAGCAUCAGCAGCCACACGUCUUUAUCCAGAAGUACUUCGAGUUCCCGUCGAAGAAUGGUGCCCACCAGAAGAAUGUUGUGAACGAAUUCCACGGUUCGCACGGCAAUGAAACCGCAGACCAGCAUCAGCAUCUUCCGGAACCUCAAGCGUAUGCUGCCCCGCAGUAUCUGCCACUGCCGCAACCACAAGCCCUACAUCAACCACAGCACGCUCCCGCUAUGACAGGACCGGGUGCCCAAACGUUACAUCUGCAGCUGCACCAUCCCGUCCAUCAUCCCGUGCACCAUCCGGUACAUCAUGGCGGUCCUGCACAAAGCUACUGGAAGUUUGGACGUCGCACACAGGAAAGCGCAGUCAAACCGGUAGUGGAGCACACGAACGAGCCGGACCACCACGAUAGCCAACAUGCUGCGUCCGGUGCAGUGUUGCGACAGGUCAAGCACACCACAGUGUCCAUCAGUAGCUCAAGUACUGAGGCACCGGCAGCAACGGGCAGCAAGGACGCAAAGGAUGGUCAGACAGCACAGGAUCGCAUCGAUCAGGUUUCGCAGUCGACCAAUGGGACCAAUGCCAGUACAAGCGCACCGACACGAACACCGAAACAAAUCCAGCACGGUUGUGAGCGACGCUGCAUCCGCAACACUGUCGCACAGUCCUACGAACCCGUGUGUGGCACUGACGGUGUGACCUACUCGAACCGGGGAAAACUACGCUGUGCCCGAACCUGCGGAAAUGAUGAUCUCGAGAUUCGAUCGUACGGCGAAUGUACCACCAACACACGGAACCCAUAA